AUGGAUGAGUGCUCUAUUCUGAGUUGGAAUAUAAGGGGGCUGAACAGUGCGAAUAAACAAAGUUCAGUCCAAGAUGUUUGUAGAAGGAAUAAGAUUGGAAUUGGUGGUUUGUUGGAAACUAAAUUGCGGGGGAAUAAAAUUGAGAACAGAAGAAGCUUAUGGCAUGAUUUAACUCGUAUUUCACUUUCAGUCAAAGCCUGGAUAGUUUUAGGGGAUUUUAAUGCCCUUUUUUAUGGUGUGGAUAGGUUUGGUGGUAAACCUGUUUCAAGUAUUGAGUUGGCUGAUCCUUUAGGGUGGCUAACAGAUGCUAAAAUUGAGGCUCUUAAGAGCAUUGGUUCUUAUUUUACUUGGACAAAUAAACAAGAUGGCUUAGCUAGGAUCUACUCAAAGAUAGAUCAUGUGUUAAUGAAUGGGGAUUGGUUGGACAUGUUUCCUCAAUCUUUGGCUGUUUUUAGAUGGGAGGUGGUCUCCGAUCAUUGUUCUUGUAUAGUGUCUAACAUUCCCAUGGAGGCUAUGGGAAUCAAACUUUUCAGAUAUUACAAUUUCUGGCUUGUGAGGUUGAAGCAUAGGCUUAAGCAGUUUAACAGGGAGUGUAUUGGAGAUGUAGGGUUCAGUUAUCAGUCGGCUAUGGUGGCCUAUCAAGAUGCUCAAUUUCAAGCCCAAGAGAAUCCUCAUGAUCUCAAGUUGCAAGAGGCAGUAAAGGAGAGGGCAACUGAGUUUCAUCAACAAGAACACAUGUAUCAUAGUUUUCUUGCUCAACGAAGUAAGAUAAACCAGAUUAGGAAGGGAGACAUGAAUACCUCAUAUUUUCAUGCCUAUUUGAAGAAGCGAAAAGCACAGAACACUAUAGUUUCUUAUAUUAAUGAUCACGGUCUGCUGAUAGAUGAUUUUAAGGAGGUGGUAGCCCAUUUUGUUGAUCAUUUCAAGAGCUAUCUUGGUAGUCCUAGUUCUGCUACCAGAAAAGUUGACCUACAUUGUAUAACUUUGGGCACUAAGCUUUCAGUAGAGCAGCAGCUCUCUCUUUUAAAACCCUUUUCCAACAAGGAAAUAAGAGCUGCAUUGUUUAGUAUCCCUAAUACUAAAUCGCUAUAA